AUGGCAGAUGCCCCGAUCCCGAGCGAGCAUUGCGAUUGGCAGUACGGGAUCUUCGGACACGAAACGAGUUGCACCAGAUACUGGACUUGCUGGAACGGUACGGCAACGGAGCAGUUCUGCAUCGGAGGCCUUCUUUACAACGAGGAGACGAGGUCCUGCGAUUGGCCGCAGAACGUCCAAGGCUGCCAGAAGCACCCUCUCUGCGGAGAGGAUCCGAACGGGAACGUGCCCCUAGGUAAGUCCUGCAACCGGUACUGGAACUGCCAGGGCGGCUACCCCCGACUCCAGAGGUGCCCGGCCAUGCUGGUGUUCGACAAGAAGAGCACGCGCUGCGUCUUCCCGCCGACCGAGGACUGCGACAUCCCCUCCACCCCGCCCCCUCCGCCGGAGGAGGAGAAGGGCGGCAACCAGGAGUCUUCGCAGGGCCAGCAGCAGUCGAAGCAGAGGCAGCAAUUCCAAGGUUCUGGUCCUUCCGUUUCAGUGGGUGGAGCCAUCCCCGUGGCAGUGAGAAGGUUCCCGCCGAGCCAGUAGACGAGGAGGGGAAAUAUUUCCUGCUGAAAAUGAUGAUGAUGACGAUGGUGGUUGUUAUGUUCGUCCCUCAUUUUUGUUACUGUCGAAGAGUGUCACUGUCUCAGGUUUGCACGUAAUAGUCAGCUACAGCUGCACAUACCCAACACGCAUCUCCAUGUUAUGUUGCAUUUUUUUUAUUUGUCUGAAUAGUCCUGAUUUUUUUAAAAAUCUUUCUCUCAUCUGUGAUUGAAUGCAGGAGAUUGAUACGGCGUACUCGCGCCGUAUCCUAUCUCAUUAUUCUCUAUGUUGCAUGCUCUGGCUUGAAUUUUUUUUUCUAUCCUCUCCGAAUCAUUCCGAUGUCCGCCGCCCUCGCGAUCGAGCCCAGUGACGACUUAUUCCCUGGCAUAAGGUUUCCUUAUGCAAGGCUUACCUUGGCUCCUUCGAAGAGAAUUUUUUUUUUACCAGCACGCCGUCUCGCAAAUUUUUUAAAUCCGUCUCAAGGUUACCUCUCCUUUCUGCAAACUUGGGGAUUUGAACCCUCAUAAUGCGAUCUCUGCAAUCCCUCCUGAGAGCUCCUAUUUAUUUUAUCACAACUUCGUACCGGUUGUAAACGUUCACGAAUAAAUGCAGAGCCCUUCUAUUAAAGAUUUGACCACCUUUUGAAA